UUGUUGUCAACAAAGAGGAUCCCCCGAAACAGAUCUAUAUCGUAUAAUCAAUCAGUGACUGAGAGAGAUCAAAAUCGAAGACGUGAAGAUGAUGAUGAUGAGCUCUGCAUCCGCCAUGAAAGCGGCUGGAGUUUUGCUUCUGCUUACUGUGCUAACAUUACAACCGUACGUGUGGGUGGCACGUGAGAAGAAAUCAAAUAAAGAAUCGGCUUAUCUCAAGCGGUACACGUGGAGGGUCGAGAUUAAGCGGCUAAGAAGCCGUUGAGAGAAACAUUAAAACCAUGUGAUUGUCUUUUUGUUUUUCAUCAUCGAAUCUUAUCAAAAAGUUUGUAAAACUCUCUAAAAAUAUUUUGCUGGGUUUCUCCCAAUCUGGGAGCUGGCUUUUCGAUUAGUGUUUUAUGAAUACUCAAUCGAUUGUUUGGUGAUUUCUGGGUGUGUUUGUGCGAUUGUGAAUUUUAUUGUAUCAAAGGUAUCAGAGCGUAUACAAUUCUCGGAUCAAGGAUGGUUGGAACUAGAUCUCAAGCGGGAGAUGCGAUGAAGGCAAAAACGGUGGAUCCGGCGAUGGAGGAGGAUCCGCUAGAAGAAAGGAUGUCGCGGUUGGAAGCUAGAGUUGACGAACAACAUCAGGAGACUCUACAACGAUUCACAAAACUGUAUGAGCUGCUGAGGCGAGUGACGACUCAACCAUCGUUGGAUGCGUCGGUGAAGGGGAAAUUGGUGCAGAUCUUGCUGGAGGUUUCUCCGAAAGCAAAACCAGAUGGAUCGGCGUUUUCUCCAACCGUAGCUGAAGGUUCGGGACUCAGGGAAGCAAGGAGAGAUGUUCGAUCUGAACAGGUAAGACUUGAGGCUCAAUAUUACUAUGGUGGGGUUACUAGGUUGGGAAAAUUCGAUUUUCCUCGGUUUAAUGGGUCUCGAAUCAAGGAGUGGUUGUUUAAGGCUGAGAAAUUUUUUGGAAUAGAUUUCACUCCGAAUGAUAUGAAAGUAAAGACUGAUGCGAUUCAUUUUGACGGUCACGCAGCAGCUUGGCAUCACUCUUUCAUACAAUCUGGGGUUGGUUUGGAAGUUCUAUAUGAUUGGAAGGGUUAUGUGUUGUUGUUAAAGGAGCAGUUCAAGGAUGUUUGUGAUGAUCCCAUGGCUGAGCUCAAGCAGUUACACAAAACUGAUGGAAUCGUGGACUACCACCAAAAGUUCACUUUGAUUAAGAUCAGGUUGAAUCUGUCGGAAGAAUACUUGGUGAGCGUUUACUUAGCGGGACUAAGGUUGGACACGCAAAUGCAUGUGCGAAUGUUUCAACCCUUGACAGUGCGCCAUUGCUUCUUAUUAGGCAGGUUGUAUGAGAAGGCACACCCAAAGAGGCCUCCCAAUACAGCUUGGUCUCCUAAACAGAGUAUGGUUAGCAAGGGAAGUGGAGAAGUGGAAGUUAAAGCUGAUCACGAUGGUAGAACAUCUUUCAAAGCACCGGGGAAUCCAGCUAAGAAGCUAUCUCAACAAGAAAUGAGCGAAAGGAGAGCUAAGGGCCUUUGCUACUUUUGCGAUGAGAAGUAUACACCGGAACAUUAUUUAGUCCAUAAGAAGACUCAGGUGUUUCGGAUGGAUGUAGAGGAAGAGUUUGAAGAUACGUUGGAAGAGUUGGGGGAAGAAGAUGAAACCAAUAUGCCACGGAUUUCAGUUAAUGCUGUUUCGGGUAUAUCGGACUACAAAACCAUGAGGUGAAAGGAACCUAUGAUA